CGCUUAACCAAAAACCAAAACAAAAAAAAACCACAAUGGCUUCCAAACACAUUUUCCCUAGUCUUGCUAUUUUCCUUUGCUUUAACCUUUUCUUUGCCUUAGUUUCUAGUUGUGGCACUUGUCCUAAACCUAAACCAAAACCAAAGCCAUCAUGCCCACCACCACCUUAUUAUCCUAAAGAUACUUGUCCAAUUGAUACACUUAAGUUAGGUGUUUGUGCUGAUGUUCUUGGAUUAGUAAAUGUUAUUGUUGGCUCACCACCAGUAACUCCAUGUUGUAGUCUUCUUUCUGGACUUGCUAAUGCUGAAGCUGCUAUUUGUCUUUGUACUGCUCUUAAGGCUAAUAUUUUGGGGAUUAACCUUAAUCUCCCUAUUUCACUUAGUUUGCUUCUUAAUGUUUGCUCUAAAGAAGCUCCUGCUGGCUUCCAAUGCUCUUAAUUAAUUGAUUUGUCAAGAUUUAAUCAAGUUUGUCCUUUGAGGUUGAGGGGUGUGAAGACAUUAUAUUAAUUUACUUUGAGAUGGUAAUUGGUUGGUUUCAUUUGAAGAUUAUUGUAAUAUCUAAGUAUUUGAAGUUCCUUAAUUAUAAAUAUGUGUUGAUAUGUGGCAUGUUCAAGUUUAUGUUGUAUGAUUCUUAUUGUUACUUAU